AGUUGAUAUUACCGUGUGUGCUCGACUGCGCAACUCGAGGAUCACGAAGUCGCUGAAAUAUUCUCAAUUACGACGCAACAAGAAAACAAACCGUAAACAGCAGCGGAAGAAGACGGGAGGUGAAGCUGGCACAUCUCCUUAUAUUUUAAACCACAAGAAAAUAUGGUUUGACAUCAUCGAAAUUCGCCAAAUAUCGGCCGUGUAAUAUCAGUAGGAGUAUCAUCCAGUCCAUCAUUGUGCCAUAAGCCUCCCGUCUUCUGCCAAACGUCAGUUUCAUAGACAUACAUCUAAAUAAAAGAACUAACUUUCAGGUGUUAAUUAAAAUACGGUUUCAAAUAAUUUACAAUGGCAAUCCUACCACCGGAUCCCGUUUAUAUAAUGAAGGGCGAUAUGGGCCCUAUUCAUAGUUUGCUAUUUCGCAUUUCACCUUAUGUUGAACAUAUUUAUGCUGGAACUGAAAGUGGAAGAGUACAUAUUUGGGACUUAAGAAAAAAUAGAGAAUUAUUAAAACUUAAUGCCUCUAAUGAGCCUUGCUUAGCCUUAUGUACUAUCGGAGACGAGUGUCUUAUAACUCAAAGAAAAGGUGGAACAAUUAAUUUAUGGAAAUCUCAAGGUUCUAAUUGGAUAAUAAAUGAAACAAUCAAAACAGACUAUUGUGGCUUUUGUCGAUUUCAAGUAUCAACGGAAGAUGCAAUAUAUAUACCGCUUAAUGAAUCGAGAGUUGGAUUAUUUUCAUUAAAAACAUUAAAAACGGAAAUCGAAUUGAGUCCAAUUAGUCAUUCAGAAGCAAAUUUGUUUGGGCAUGUUAUGGCAAUUAAACCUUGUAUGGAUGAAUCAAAAUAUGCACUAAUUACUUACGAUGGCGGACAAAUACUUUUGUGGGAUAUAAGAUCAAAAAAAAUCUUAUCGUCGAUAAAAAUUGAGCAAUGCCCUAUGAAUAUUGAUUUUAAUACAUCUUUAAUGCAUGGUAUUAUAGGAAGUCCAGCUGAUUAUUUACAAAUAUUUUCAUUAUCAUCCGAUAAAGAACUCACUGAAAGAACAAAAUUGCCUUUAAAAAAUCCAGGUAUAUCAGCUGUUGCAAUCAGACCUGAUGCAAAAGUUUUUAGUACUGGAGGAUGGGAUAGACGAAUAAGAAUUUUUUCAUGGAAAACGCUAAGACCGCUUGUCGUUUUAGAUCAGCAUAAAGCCACUAUCCAUGAUAUAAUUUACUCAUCAUGCAAAGUUGAAGCUUAUAACAGCAAGUGUCUAAUGGCAGUUGCUGGCAAAGAUGGAAACAUUUCCCUUUGGGAUCUUUACAAUUGAUUGAAUAUAAAAUAAAUAAAAGAUCAUAUUUUCUAUAUUA